AUGACCUUCUUCUGCUGCUUCUUCUUCCUCCUCCUUUUCGCCUCCCGCAGCUGCAGCCCACUACUGCGCGGCUCGUCGCGCCUGCUGUCGCUGAACGUUCUCUGUCGGACCCGCUGCGUCGCUCCGCGACUGGACCUACGGUCCGCCGCUCGCCGCGGCGCGACGACCCUCGGCCCUGGUGCUCGUACGGCGGGGGGGCGCAGCCACCCGUCCACCGGAGUGCGUCCAGCUCUCGGCCUCGACCUGCUGCCCGCCGCGUAUACUGUCGGCUCCCUCCCCCCCGAGCUCCUCCUCCUCUCCCCGCCCGCCCGCCUCAAUCCUCACUCCAACUCCUCCGCGGCCCCCUCCCCCUCCUCCCUCCGCCUCCCCCCCUCUCCCUCGACGUCAGCCACAACACUUCAAACUCCACCUUCCCCUCCCCCUCCCCUCCCCUUUUUUUUUUCCCUUCACCGACUCGCGAGCUCUCUCGCCACCUCAAACGCCUACACGCAACACUUCACCUCUUUCUUCUUCGCCUCUCCUGGCGCACUCUCCCCUUCCCUCGAUACCUCAAUCUCGCUUGCAGCUCUCGACUUAGAUUCCCCCGAGAUUUUUCUUUUCCUCGUUCCUCCACUCUCUGGCAAUCUGCUCACCGCAGCGCCUCCCCAGCUCGCCUCCCUUCCUCCCCUCGACCACCUCGAGCUCGGCUACAACUCCUCACGCCGGGGCUAUCGAGCUCAGAACCUGCGGAACCUCCUGAGAACGGCUCGUUCUUGGCCCCUGAUCGCCUGCCUCUCUCCCCAGGCGCUCAAGCUCGACCUCUCCGACAACCGCUCUCUGCCCGAUCCCGCUCUCUUUCGUCCUGUCAACCUCACCCUCCUCAGCCUCAUGAGCAACGCGCUCUCCGGCCCGAUCCCGGGCCCCCUCGGCGACCUCCCGAAUCUCGAGGCGCUCAACCUGUGGAACAACUCGCUCACCGGCCCGCUCCCGCAGCGGCUCGGCUCGAACCGGAGGCUCGCGCGGCUGGACGCGUCCACCAACCUCCUCUCCGGUCCGAUCCCUCCCCGCCUCUGCGCCGGGAAUCGGCUCGUCCGGCUGAUCCUCUUCUCGAACCGGCUCGGCUCGGAGAUCCCGCGCGGCCUCGCGACCUGCUCCUCGCUCUGGCGGGUCCGGCUCGAGUCGAACAACCUCACCGGCCCGAUCCCGGUCGGGUUCGGGUCGCUCCCCAACCUCACUUACCUGGACCUCAGCAGCAACUCGCUCUCGGGCGCGAUCCCUCGGGACUUGUGCGGCGCCGCGAGUUUGGCGUAUUUCAACGUCUCCGGCAAUCCGCUCCGGCGAGCGCUCCCGAGAGCGAUCUGGACCGCGCCGCGGCUACAGGUCUUCGCCGCCGGCUACUGCGGAUUGACCGGAGAGGUACCGUCCUUCGCUUCGGGAUGCAGUGAUUUCUACAGAAUUGAUUUGGAGGGAAACGAUUUGAGCGGGACGAUUCCGAGCGACGUCGUCCGCUGCGACAAGCUCGUGAGCCUCAAGCUCGAUCGAAACCGGCUCACGGGAGAGAUCCCGCGGGAGAUCGCAAUGCUGCCGUCGAUCACGGAGGUCGACGUCUCGUGGAACAACCUCAGCGGCCCGAUACCGCCGGAGUUCGACAACUGCAGCACGUUGGAAAGCCUCGACGUAUCGUUCAAUCGGCUGACGGGGCCGGUCCCGUCGACGAUCAGCUCCGUCAUGCAAUUCGAAGGGAACGUCGGGCUCUGCGGCGAGGCGGUCGACAAGCCAUGCGGUGGUGGUCGGGGAGACGACGAUCAUUUUUCGGCGAGGAGGACUGCAGGCGGGGUGAUCAUGUUGGCAGGGGCGACAGCAGUGGCCGUAGCCGGUUUGGUGGUGCUGGCGGUGGGCAUGAGAUGGUCGCGAGAGGGGGGCGAGGCUGACGCGAAAGGCGGCGCCGUCGGGCCCGGGCAGUGGCAGAUGAUGGCGUUCCAGAGGCUCAACUUCACGGCGGAGGACGUGGCGGCGGCGUGCGCCGAUCGGGGGAGCGCGCGGGUCGUCGGCGCGGGGUCGACGGGAACGGUGUAUCGUGCCGAGAUGCCCAACGGGGAGGUGAUAGCGGUGAAGGAGCUGCGGCUGCCGCAUAACAAGGGAAAGAGAGGUAAAGAGAACAGUAAUGAUAGUAGUAAGAGGGAGGCGAUUACGGUGGCGGCGGCAGCUGCGGAGGUGGAGGUGCUAGGGUCGGUGCGCCACCGCAACAUCGUGAGACUACUAGGCUGGUGCAGGAACAACGAGACAGUGCUGCUGCUUUACGAGUACAUGCCGAACGGGAGCUUGGAGAAGCUGCUCCACGGGGGGAAGGGGGCGCACCUGGGGUGGGAGGCGAGGUAUCGGAUCGCGGUGGGUGUGGCGCAAGGGAUGAGCUACCUGCACCACGACUGUACGCCGCUGGUGGUCCACCGGGACCUGAAGCCGAGCAACAUACUGCUGGACGCAGAGAUGGAGGCGAGGGUGGCCGACUUUGGACUGGCCAAGUUUAUGGACGGUGCUGUUGCCCUGUCCGUGUCGGGGAUCAGCGGAUCCUGCAGCUACAUUGCACCGGAAUAUGCCUGCACGCUAAAGGUCGAUGAGAGAAGCGAUAUAUACAGCUACGGUGUGGUGCUAAUGGAGAUCGUGAGCGGAAGAAGAUCAGUGGAGCCUGAGUACGGAGAAGGAAAUAGCAUAGUCGAGUGGAUCAGACAGAAGCUGGUAAGCGGGGCGGACGAUAGAGCAAUCUGGGACGUGCUAGACGCGACGAUUGCGAACUGCAAGGAAGUGAGGAAGGAGAUGAUGCUGGUGCUCCGAGUGGCCAUGCUUUGCACUUGUAAGAGCCCCGAGCAACGGCCGUCCAUGCGCGACGUGCUAACCAUGCUUCAAGAGGCAAAACCGGAGCGAAAACCGUGCGGUAAAAAUGUUAGCGUAGCGAACUAGCUACUCCUUGAGCUCUAGUCCGAUGACUGGUUCGGUUUAGUCGAGUGUAACUAAUGGUUUGAAUUCAAAAGAAGAUCAAAUUAUA